GGGCAUCCUCCGAGAGCCAGACACCGGGACGCUCGAUCACACUGGGACGGUUUCUGGGCUGUUCUGUUGCUCUGUUCUGCGGGGGGUCUUUUUUGUACAAAAGAAAAAAAAAACAGACAAACACUGGAUCAUCUUUAACAUCAUGAAGGAAAGGAGAAAUACACAACCGCUGGUCGUGAGAUGUAAACUGGUUCUUGUGGGAGACGUUCAAUGCGGAAAAACGGCGAUGUUGCAAGUCCUGGCGAAGGAUUGUUAUCCAGAGACAUACGUGCCCACGGUAUUUGAAAACUACACAGCCUGUUUGGAGCUGGAGGAGCAGCGAGUGGAGCUCAGUCUGUGGGACACUUCAGGUUCUCCAUACUAUGACAAUGUGAGGCCCCUGUGCUACAGUGACUCAGAUGCAGUUUUGCUGUGUUUUGACAUCAGCCGCCCUGACACUGUGGACAGCAGUCUGAAAAAGUGGAAAACUGAGAUCCUGGAUUUCUGUCCGAGCACACGUAUCCUGCUCAUUGGCUGCAAGAUUGACCUGCGCACAGACGUCUGCACGCUGAUGGAGUUGUCCAAUCAGAAACAGACUCCCAUCACCUAUGAGCAGGGUUCUGCCAUGGCCAAGCAGCUGGGUGCAGAGGCUUACUUGGAGUGCUCAGCGUUCACCUCGGAGAAAAGCAUCCACAGCGUGUUCCGCACCGCGGCGAUGGCAUGCAUCAACAAGCUGCAGCCUCUCCCAAAGCCCAGCCCCACCCGCCGCCUCUCCAAAAGACUUCUCCACCUGCCCAGCAAGUCAGAUUUGCUCUCCUCCACCUUCAAGAAAGAGAAGGCCAAGAGCUGCUCGGUCAUGUGAGUGGAGACCUCUUGGGUUACAGUCCUCACAUGCGACCCCCAGCCCCUGCCUCUUUGGUCUCGGGGAAGGGGGGGUGGGCAUGAUGGUUUUAUCAGGGGCUUCCUGCUGAAUCCUUCCCUCACCCCCCCACAAACCAAACACCCCUCAGAAGAGGUGGACACCUCGCUGUCCACUUUCUCCUGAACCUUUUAGCGCACAUCCAUCUUUUUCCACUACUGUUUAUCUUGCUUUCAAAACAAACAAUAUCAGUCAAGGUUUGAUCAUCAAGCUCUCAUUUUUUCACCUGUAAACAGUAUGCAACUACAAUGGUGUUACAUCUGUCUGAUUUUACUAUCUCUAAGCACAUGUUGAUUUUGUCCAAAUUGGAAAUGUGCAACGUGUGACGUUUAAUCUUGUGAUGUAAAUGCCUCUCAGACAACUCAAUGGAUAUUUUUCUAAGUACAAAAAUAAAUCUAGCAUGAAACUGUCAGGAAUUAGCAAAAUCCUGUACAUCCCUCUUAGUAAGGUGUGUGAGGUGUGAAAUAGCUUGUCGCUGCACAGAGACAUAGGGAGUAGUGGGACAAACCACAGUGAGAGCUAUUACAUAGAGAGCUGUUCUCAUUGUCUCAGUGGUGGUGUGAGCAGGAGUGAGAGCUGUGAGCGCAGGCUGCUGUGCAGACAGCAGUCUAGACUAUAUCAACCUGCAUGGAUUGUUGAUGCAUGGUUGUGUAGCUCUGGACACUACUCCACAGGCUUUCAGUGGACUUUAAGUGGAGGAGGCAGAAGAGGCUCUUUGUGUACAAAAUGAAUGCAAAAAUGAGGGCACACGAAAAAAUAAAGGGAAGUUUAGCUGUGCUGCUGCUGUCUCUGCUGUCGCAGCUGGAGUCUGUUUUGAAAUACUAUUUUGGUGACGGGGCAGACACGUUUUAACAGAUGAGAAAAGACAAUUUUGUUGUUGUGACCAGGAACAUAAACACAAACGGUUCAGUGCUGAGCUGUCGAGUGUUAUUUAUGAAGCUGUGGCUGGUUGAUGAUGCCAGUCAUAGUGUUAUGAGGCAUAUUUAAUAGCAUAGGAUGACGCCUACCUGAUACAGGCUCACUGCUAAUGGGAGAAUCUGGUUUGUAGUUUCAAAUAUUCUUCGGAAGAUGUGUAGCAUUGCAUUGUUGACAGUUUUUCAACAAUUCUCAAAUGGUAUGCAGUUUUGAAAAAUGCCUUUCAUAUCAUUUUCCCAGAGGUCACUGAGAUUUUUUGACUACUGUAAUAUGCCUGUGGAUUUCUCCGAUGUAGCACUCCGAAACCCAACUACUCUUCCAAGAUGACUCUAGUUUUUGUGUCGUACCCUCUUGUUAAUCUAUUGACCUCCAAUAAGCAGCACUUACUGUCGGUUACAAUGACUACAGAGCAAAAAUUUGACCCUUUUCUGAGCUUAAAUCUUUGGCUUCAUGGUUAAUGUGUCUGUGCAGCAUUGAUCUCUGUGCUUCUAACCAUAAAGCAAUAAUGAUUUAAGUGCUUGUGAUGCAAGGUAACCUGUGUGGCAAUAAAGACGCAGCUUUGUGAUUACUGUCAUGCUAUAAGUGCUCCAUGGACAUCCAUGUUACAGACUGAAACCAUCUCUGCUGUACAAAGAGGCUGCUGAUCUGUGUUUGCCCCUCCUCCUCCGUGUAAGUAGCCACCAGUAUAUGAAAUAACCAAUGACAAUGUUGUGCUAGGAAAAAUAUCAGCCUAUGUGAAUAAGAGGGAACAAUGAUCUUUGAGUUGGAGAUGCUAGACUUUGCUGUCAGUUUUACAUAAUCAUAAUAAAAAAGUGUUGAGGCAGCAAGACUUGCUUGAAUUGCUUGUGUGAGUUGACAGUGAUAUGCUUUUAAAAUUGGAAAUAUCCUUCAAAAGUCUAACAAUCAUCUUGUGAAAAGGGCUAGUGUGUGGGGAAAAAAGGAAGUAACGUGAGACUGAGGAGAACAAGUAAUCAAAAAUGCACAGGCUGGCCCUGUCCAAAGAAAGCUAUUUUUCCAUUUUCCUGUUUUUUGUUUUUUUUUUUUUUCUUUUUGUAUUUAAUAGCAUGAUGUGAGUCCCGGUGUUGUUUGGGAAAUAUCUCCCUGAGAUGGUUGUUGUAGCGUCUUUUUUGGAGCUGUGGACUGCCGCUGGUAGUCGGAGGAACUUAAAGUGGUGAUUUGCACAAAGGCUUCCAGUUCAUGGUCACACACCAAAUUCCUCAGCAUUGCCUAGCAACAAUUCAGCGUAGGAAACACAGAGACUGGCUCAUGGGUUGGUUGUGUGGACAGAGAGGGUUGGCUCACAAGCAGACAUCCCCACAUUCAUUAUUACAGCAUCAGUUAUGCAUUUAUUGCCAGGCUUGUUUAAAAAAAAAAAAAGAAAGAAAGAAAGAAAAAAAAAAAGCAUUUGAUAUUUUUUUUUGGGUUAAGGGUGUGAUGCCAAGUCUUCUGAGGAUGGGAUAGAUGGGCGGCUCACGGACCAUGUCAGUUAAUAUGCAGCCUUUGUGUUGUAGUCAGUGUGUGGUACAAUGGUGCAGUCAAACUCCUAAGCAUGUCCUAUUAAAGUUGUAUGAUUGUACAUACCGUCUCUUGUUUUAUAAUCAUUGUAAGAUACCUUCAAGGAUGUCACAUGAAAAUAUUGUUGUUGAUGUGAAUAUUUAUUUGGUAGCUAUUUUUGCCUUUUUUGAUUGACAUGUACAUUUGUUUAAAAUUGAUUUUGGAAUCUUUCCUUUUUUUCUCUUUUCUUUCUUGUUUUGUUUUUGUUUUUUUUUUAUUUUUGCUGUGUUAAAUAAAGCUUGCCCUGUCCGGCACCCUUGAA